CAAUGUACAUGUGACGAUCGCGGCAGGUUCUUAAACAGUAGAUCAGCCACUGCAGCUAGCAUGGAUUACGUAUCCCGCGGAUUCCCUCCGAGAUUCUGCCUGGCAUCAUCCUACCAUGGCCUCAACUAACCUCUACGACGGAAUACUAAUUUCCAUCGGAACACAUCGUCUGUUUUUGCAACUACGAGGUGUCGAACGCACCCCGGGCCAGCCCCUGGUGAUCUUUAUCGCCGGCGCGGGGGAUGUCGCCUCGUCGUACUGCGCCGUCACCCGAGUAUGCGCCUUUGCCCCUCUCCUUCUCUAUGACCGCACCGGGUUGGGACGUAGCGAGGACAGUCCUCCUCCGUAUCAUCCCAGCGCGACACUUGCUGCCGAAGAAUUACGCAUCCUCCUAACUAACGCGGAUCUCCCGCCCCCAUACAUCCUGGUCGGCCACUCCUACGGCGCCAUCAUCGCGCGAGAAUGCCUCAAUUUGUUCUCUGAUGAGAUCACCGGCAUGGUUCUUGCUGAUGGCUCCACCGAACGUCAGCAUGAGCUCUUCCAAGACCCCGAGGUAGACAUCAAUGCUGUCCUGGGCGAUCUGAAUUUCGCGCAAGUGACAGGGCUACGUGAUAGCGCGCAGCUGUCUCGGGAGGAAUGGCGGGACCGAGCUAUUGAUAUCGGACGGGGGAGGGAAACAUGGGCUGCAGAGGGGAGGACUCUGGCAAUGGUCUGUCAAACGUUGGGGGAGAAGCAGCAGUAUCGGACGAAGGCGCUGGGGGAUCGGCCGUUGUCAAUAAUCCGCUGUCGUGGGUCGUUGGAUUACCAAAAGGUGUAUGAGAAGGGGGUGGAGGCUGGGAAUGGGAGUGAGAGGCAACGGGAGGCGUUUCGGAGACUACUGGAGAGAUGGGAUGAUCUGGAUCAAGUGAUGCAGGAGGAGCAGUUGGGGUUGUCGGGGCGGAGCCGGAUGGUGUAUCUGGGGGACUGUGGUCAUCAAGUACAUUUGGUACGGCCUGACGUGGUUGCGCAGGAGGUGAAGUGGGUGUUCAAUGAGAGUGUCAAGGGGAGGCUGUGAAUGUUAGCUGAAUGACUGGAAUGAGGAAUCAUGGUGAUGCAUGGUUGGAUCUGUGGUCCGGUGG